ACGUGUGUAGGUUGUAGGACGCCAUAGGACGCGUGUUCAAACUUUAAACGCGAAUCUAAUCUCAUUGAAGAAAGUAAAAGGAGGAAGAAGAGAAAGAAGUCAUUAACGUAUGAUUCGUAUGAUCUUGCAUGCUGUUACCUAUCGAGAGGAGAUUCCUGUUACCUGACAAGUGUAAACUGUUGCGGAAGACAUUUAUAGCGUGAAAAAAAAUGCAUUCUCUAAGGAAAUUGUCCGGUUCGUUUAGUCGUACGCUGAGAAAUAACGUACGACGAACCCUAACCUCUCAGCCUGCGGCGAAUGCGAGUGUCGACGACAAAGAAAAACCGAUACUGGUGAAGCAGAUGGGUAAGGUGACUGCUAUCGGUAUUAAUCGUCCAGAAAAGAGGAACUGCCUAGACGUUGCGACCGCGCAUCUACUGUCCGAAACGCUGGAUGCAUUUGAGAAUAAUGAAGAGUCGUUAGUGGGAGUGUUAUACGGAGUGGGAGGCAAUUUCUGUGCCGGUUACGAUCUCAAAGAAAUCGCGGACUAUAACGGCGAAAACGAGGAAAGCAUACCACAUUUUGGACCGCUGGCGAAUAGAACUGAAUUGUCCAAGAAGCCGUUGGUCGCAGCUUUGAGCGGGUAUGCGGUUGGAAUAGGAUUCGAGCUUGCUCUAAUGUGCGACUUGAGGGUCAUAGAGGAUACAGCGGUGGUGGGCUUCUUAAACCGACGUUUUGGCGUUCCAAUUUUAUGCGGAGGCACCGUCCGUUUGCCUGCCAUGAUCGGAUAUUCCAGAGCUAUGGAUCUUAUACUGACCGGAAGGGCGCUUACUGCACAGGAUGCAUUCAAUUGGGGAAUUGCGCACAGAUACACAUCUUGCGGUUCAGCUCUGGGUACAGCGAUGAACUUGGCGAAUUCUCUUGUAAAAUUCCCGCAGAAAAGUAUGCUGGCGGAUCGUGCGUCAACAUAUUUUGCCAUGUUUUCGCCGAAGCAUAUAGAAGAGGCGCUGCAGUUCGAGAAGGAUAACUCUUCGCACUUGAUAUUAGAGGAGGGUGUUCCAGGCGCCAAGAAAUUCGUCGAUCACAAAAUUGGAAGGCACGGGAAGUUUCAUGAUAUCACUGUAAGAGAUGAGAGCAUUCGAGAGCUAGAUGAAAAUUUAUUAUAAAGAACUUCUAGCGCGUGUAUGUGUAUGUAUAUAUAUAUAAUGUACAUAAUGUACUUUUAAAGUAGCUCUCUCUAAAUAAGCCUAAUAAACUUCAUAAUUUUCAUAAUGUA